GAUUUUGGAGCAUGACUUAACAAAUUUACUUUGGAGCAACAGUUUGACGAUUGUAGCCGCUCAAAGAAGGAACUCAUUGAAACUAGACUAAGUUUACUCUAACAAAAUGAGGGAGAUUGUUCAUUUACAAGCUGGUCAGUGCGGUAAUCAAAUUGGCGCUAAGUUCUGGGAGGUGAUCAGUGACGAGCAUGGCAUUGACCCCACUGGAAGUUACCAUGGGGACAGUGAUCUUCAGUUGGAAAGGAUUAAUGUAUACUACAAUGAAGCUUCAGGUGGAAAGUAUGUGCCACGUGCAGUACUUGUGGACUUGGAGCCUGGGACCAUGGACUCUGUGAGAUCUGGACCAUUUGGUCAGAUCUUCAGGCCUGACAACUUUGUCUUUGGUCAGAGUGGCGCUGGUAACAACUGGGCAAAGGGCCACUACACCGAGGGUGCAGAGCUAGUUGACUCCGUCUUGGAUGUAGUGAGGAAGGAAGCUGAGAGCUGUGACUGCCUCCAGGGCUUCCAGCUCACCCACUCCCUGGGAGGUGGAACUGGCUCUGGCAUGGGCACCCUGCUUAUCAGCAAGAUCCGUGAAGAAUAUCCCGACCGCAUCAUGAACACUUUCAGUGUGGUGCCCUCCCCUAAAGUGUCAGACACUGUGGUGGAGCCCUACAAUGCCACCCUCUCAGUCCACCAGCUGGUAGAGAACACAGACGAGACCUACUGCAUCGACAACGAGGCUCUCUAUGACAUCUGCUUCCGUACCCUUAAACUCACCACACCCACCUACGGCGACCUCAACCACCUGGUGUCUGCCACCAUGAGUGGGGUCACCACCUGUCUCCGCUUCCCUGGCCAGCUCAACGCCGACCUGCGCAAACUGGCAGUCAACAUGGUGCCUUUCCCCCGUCUCCACUUCUUCAUGCCUGGCUUUGCACCUCUUACCAGCAGGGGAAGCCAGCAGUACAGAGCCCUGACGGUUCCAGAGCUCACUCAGCAAAUGUUUGACUCUAAGAACAUGAUGGCAGCCUGUGAUCCCCGCCACGGACGCUAUCUCACCGUGGCUGCAGUCUUCCGCGGGCGCAUGUCCAUGAAAGAGGUGGAUGAGCAGAUGCUGAACGUACAGAACAAGAACAGCAGCUACUUCGUUGAAUGGAUCCCAAACAACGUCAAGACUGCAGUCUGUGACAUUCCUCCCCGUGGCCUCAAGAUGGCCGCCACCUUCAUCGGCAACAGCACUGCCAUCCAGGAGCUGUUCAAGCGCAUCUCUGAGCAGUUCACAGCUAUGUUCCGCCGUAAAGCUUUCCUCCAUUGGUACACCGGAGAGGGCAUGGAUGAGAUGGAGUUCACCGAGGCAGAGAGCAACAUGAAUGAUCUGGUGUCUGAGUACCAGCAGUACCAAGAUGCCACUGCAGAGGAGGAGGGCGAGUUUGAAGAGGAGGAGGGCGAAGAGGAGUUGGCUUAAAUUGUUUUUCUUUUUAAAACAUCUGACUUCACAUUUCCUGUCUCUGGCAACCUUCAGCUGUACUUUUUUUUUUUUUUUUUGGUUCACUUGCAAUAAAACAAAGUUGAGAAACUAUAUUUCUUGUGUGAAAUGGAUAAUGUAAACAGGGUGGCAGGUAGCAUAGUGGUUAGAACAUUGGGCCAGUAACCAUAAGGUUGCUAGAUCGAACCCCUGAGCUGACAAGGUAAAAAUCGGUCCUUAUGCCCCUGAACAAGGCAGUUAACCCACUGUUCCCAGGUAGGCCGUCACUGUAAUUAAGAAUGAGUUUUUGACUGACUUGCGUAGUUGAAUAAAAAAUAUAUAUGGGA